CGCUACAGUUGAACUUAACGGUGGAUGUGAAUCUCUGCGCAGUGAAGUCUGCCCGCCGAGAGAGAGAGAGAGAGAGAGAGCGCGCGCAAGGAAGAGAGAGAAUGGCUUGCAAUGUAAGUGUAGUCCACCAAGCAAUGGCAUCCGCCAUAGCACAGCCUAACAAAGCUCCUCCUCAGCUCCCCUGCGCACAUCUGUCUUCGUCUUCCAAUUCAAAGCCCAAGCCUUUCAAGCUCCUUCGAUCCUCCCAAUCUUCUUUCGCUUCCACCUUCUCCCCCUCUCGCCCUCAAACCCUAAUUCCCUCUCGUUCCAGCAAAGCUCCCAAUUUCCUGGUUGAAGGUUGUGGCAAGGCGGAGCCGCUAAGAAUAAUGAUAUCGGGGGCGCCUGCUUCCGGUAAAGGAACGCAGUGCCAGCUGAUUACUCAGAAAUAUGGUUUAGUGCACGUCGCUGCUGGAGAUUUACUUAGAGCAGAAAUUGCUUCUGGGAGUGAAAAUGGAAGGCGUGCAAGGGAGUACAUGGAACAAGGAAAAUUGGUUCCGGAUGAAAUAGUUGUCAUGAUGGUGAAAGACCGUCUAUUGCAGCCAGAUUCUCAAGAAAAAGGUUGGCUUUUGGAUGGGUACCCUAGGAGUUCAUCGCAAGCACUUGCUCUUAAGGAAUUAGGCUUCAAGCCGGAUCUUUUCAUUCUACUAGAAGUCUCAGAAGAUAUUCUUGUUGAGAGAGUUGUUGGAAGAAGGUUAGAUCCUGUUACUGGAAAGAUAUACCAUUUGAAGUAUUCUCCGCCAGAGACCCAAGAGAUAGCGUCAAGGCUCACCCAACGUUUUGAUGAUACAGAAGAAAAGGUGAAAUUGCGAUUACACACUCAUCAUCAGAAUGUGGAGGCGGUACUUUCAAUGUACGAAGACAUAACAGUUAAGAUUGAUGGAAGUCUUGCCAAGGAGGAUGUGUUUGCCGAAAUUGACAGUGCGCUGACUAGACUUGUUGAGAAAAGAAAGUCGACUUCAGAAUCUCUAGCGGCAUAGAAGGUGAAGUGUUCCUAUUCUUACAAGUUUAGUUCAAGUCGGUAAUUUUGCACAAUUUGGUUGUUAGGCUAUGCUUGCAAUCUCCUGCGAACGGAGACCCAACUUCUACAUGUCUUAUGGAAAGGUCAGCCCAAAAAAAAGAAAAGAAGUAAAUAAGUUAACACUCAUAUUGUGUUAGACCACAGUUAUUUAUUUUCAAGGCAUUUGAGUCAGCUUAAAUUCCGAUUACAUUUGUUUUAUAAUCACAACUCGGAUAAUAGUUUGAAUCAAAAUUGGAGCGAUAUGGAGAAAUAUUGUUUAUUUCCUUUUUC